AAGAGCAGGAUCAUUUCACAUUUUGAGAAUGAAGUGUCCUAAGUGCAGUCACGAGGCUUUGGAAAAGGCCCCAAAGUUCUGCAGUGAGUGUGGACAUAAACUGCAAUCUCAAUCUUACGAGACAACACAAGGCACUCCACAUGACAAGUCUCAAACACCAUCCAUUGUUCCUCAAAUCACAAAUGCAGAAAUGAAUGAGACUGGAUCUGAAUCAAAAUCACUGGAAAUCCAGAAUGCCAACGUAUCUCCAAAACGACCAAAUGAAAAUACCAGCCCUAAUCUAAAGAAGAAGAAAAGAAAGAAGAGAAAAAAGGAAAAGAAGAAAAAAUCUGGUGUUUCGGAAGGGCCCUCGUCACUGACCUCAGAUCUCUCUGAUAUUUCUCUAACUGAUAAAGAGAAAAAAAUGGACACCGAUCAGUCAUCUGACAGUGAUUGCUCCAGCUGCAUUGUAGAAGAUACUCCCACACCAGCUGAACCAUCCUCUCAUCUGAGCCCACCAGAGAAUGAAACGGCUGGGCCUGCACAGCUUAGCGCAUCUGCUUUAACCACAGGUUCAAGCAAAGAUGGCGAGGAGAGUAUUGGAACGACUCAAAAGCCAGUCACCGCCAGUACUUCUAAAGCGGCAUUGGGAGUAGAUCAGCAAACUAAAGAGGAAAAAGUCAAAUGUAAGGGUGAAGGCCAAAAGAGUUUGUCCGCAAAAGCACAGCAUACUCCUAAUGCUAAUGUAGACCAGAAUGCAAACGUACAGAGCGACGCAAACAUUGACAAAGACUCUCAGAAUGUAGAACCGCAGAAGAGCUCUUCAGUGAAGGCUAAGCCGAGUAAGUCAACUGUUGCUGACCUGAAGAAAACCGAAUCUGAGAAACAAAAAAGUGGUGAAAGAGACCAUGAAAAUAGCACCCAGCCUGUCUCAUCUCCCAAACUGAAAAGAAAUCAGACUGAAGAAUCACAGAAAAUGGUGUUCGGCCCAAAUAGUGCACCCAAGAAAAACCGUGGUUCAAGUGCAGAUUCAGCGAUGAAAGUUGAGAAGAAGCCCGCUGGCGGGAAAAAAGACUCUUCUUCUGACCAGAAAAGCAAGGAAAGCGAGGAUACUGAAAGUCAAUGUGUUACACUUCCAAAAAGAAAUACACGGUCAACUCAACAUAUAAGUUCCAGUGACAGACUCACCAUUUACUUUCAUGCAGUCCUCUCCAAAGACUUCAAGUUUAACCCAGAAGAGGAUUUGAUUUUUAUAAGGGCCGGUGGUCCCAUUGGAAACUGGGAAGAUAAUUUGGUUGAACUCACUGUGUCACGGGAUCUUAAAGAGCAUGGAUUUCUUGUUGAAGGGAAGUGUCAAUGCAAAAAAAAUGAUGCUGAAGCUGUGUCCAUCCCCUACAAGUAUGUUGUGUAUAAACCAAAAAAGAAGUAUGAAUCACUUUAUGAGUUGCAUUAUGAAUACAUCUACAAGCUGGAUUCAGAAGAAACCACCAACAGAUGUCUGUUUAUCAAAUCACAUCUUCUGAAUGAUGAAGGCGAAUGGCAUCAGUAUGAUGACAUCAUCUGUGCACAACCAUCUAAAAAUAUGUUUGAUUGGUUCAGAAAAACUUUAUGGUCUGAUCAGAAGAAAAAUGUACUUCAGGGAAGAAAAAUUGCUGCUAGAGUUAUGCUGGAAACUAUCUUUGACCUCCUGAGAAGCUGGAGCAAAAUCAACCUCAACAACUUCUUCAGUCAAUUCCGGCAGUUUUAUGAGGUCUACGGAAACCCUUUUGUAUUUGAAAAGAAACAAAUGAAAUGGUCCCAACUCGAUUUUGGUGAAAAGGAUGUUCGCGAGCUCCUCAAGAACUUCAUGCUGAUGCACGUGACUCCAGAGCUACAGAAGGACAGCAAGGAAAAGAGUAAAUACAUCCAGGAGCCACUGAAAGCUGGUCUCAUUAUGCUCUAUGUGUGGAAACAAUACGAUCUAGAAUUAGACUACGGUACUCUUUCUCGUCUCUGCACUGCUCUCUGCCUGCCAAAUUUACCUAAGGAUGACUUCCUGUCUCUCUGGACUGACAUAACUGAAUCAUUCUCAGAUAUGAAAAAUUUUUCUGACAUGGUGGAGGCACUGAUAAGCAGAGUGAAAGCAGGGAACAUGCCCAAAUGGAUCGUUGUAAUUCCUCUACUGCACCUUCUCAAAGGGACUUCCAAGCCAUUUGAGCAAGUGAUUACUAAGGUCAACUCAAAGUUUGAGCCGAGCUGGGCUGGACUGCAGGGACUCAGAUCAGCUAAUGUAACUUCCCUUGGAUCUCAGGAUCGCAGGGCGAUGCUGAAUAUCAUGAGAACAAAUGAACAUUUGGUGCAGGUAGACAGACUGCUGAUUCGUUCUUGGAUGUAUCUGAUGCCCUUAGAUGAUUUGGUCGAAUAUAGCUCCAUUUUCCAUGUGGAACUCUUGGACAUCCUGCAGCUUUUCACCAUGAAAUGUCCUAAUGUUAUAAACUACUCCACUUCUGAAAGUACAACUGAGGUUCUGGCACACAUUCAAAGUCAAUUGCUCGAACAAAAAUACAGCUGUCUGAGCGUGGAUUAUGGCAUUCAGUGCAUACAAGUAGCUUCCAAGCUCCUAGAGAAGAUCUGCAAUCUUGUUAAUUACUAUGGCUAUGGUCAGAAUUUCACUGAUAUUCCUGUUGCUUGCAUGAACCUGGUGGCCUCUGUGUCAGGAUUUGCUCAGGUAUUUCAUUAUGACAUUAUAUUAUCUUUGUUUUAAAGGGGACCUAUUAUGCAACAAUCACUUUUA